AUGGAGGCACCGCCAUACACGGAGGCACCGCCGUACACAGGCACUGCCGUACACGGAGCACCGCACCUCGCACUGCUGUACACUCAUGCACUGCCGUACACUGACUACCGGGCACCUGCACUCAUCAUGGCACCGCCAUACGGAGGCACCGCCGAGGCACCGCCAUACAUGGAGGCACCGCCACAGGCACCGCCGUACACAGGCACUGCCGUACACGGAGCACCACCGCCGUACACAGACUGCACUACCGUACACGGAGGCACCGCGCGGAAACUCAUUGCUGCGUACCGCCUGCACACGGAGCACUACCGCACAUCAGGCACUGCCCACUCAGAGCACUGCCACACGGCACAUAAGGCACCGCCAUACUCAUCAGGCACUGCCGUGUGGAUCCCGCUGGGGGCUCGUGUCAAGUCUCGGGACGUGGUGGUGGAGUGGGGUCGCCGCACGAUCAAGGCUGGGUUAAGGAACGCCACUCCCAUCCUCCAGGGUGACCUCUACAACCAGGUCAAGGUCGAGGAGUGCAGUUGGUACCUGGAGAACGGCACCACCCUCGUCUUAUCCCUAGAGAAGAUCAACAAGAUGGAAUGGUGGUCUCGUUUGGUUACUUCUGACCCCGAAAUCAACACUGAAAAGGUUAACCCAGAACCCUCAAAAUUAGGAGACCUGGAUGGAGAAACACGAGGAAUGGUGGAGAAGAUGAUGUAUGAUCAGCGGCAAAAAGAGAUGGGACUACCUACCUCCGAUGAGCAGAAGAAGCAAGAUGUUCUUAAGAAGUUCAUGGAGCAGCAUCCAGAAAUGGACUUCUCUAAGUGCAAAUUCAAUUAGAAGUAUGUACUAUACAGUAAUUGAAAUUAUAGAUCACUGAUUAAUUGAAGUUAAUUUUCAUAUGCAUAAAUUGCUUUUGUUAAUAUGAUAGUAUUAACUGCAUAAUUUUUUUUAUAAUAUCUCUCAUCUUUAAUUCAUUCCAAACUUCACCUGUUGAACCUAAAUUUUGAACAAAGAUGAGUAUUUGGAAUUGCUUACCUUUGUUUAAGAUUAAUUAUUUAAUAAAAUAAGCAUUUUCA